UGGCUCAGAUGGUUCUGGAGAGUCAGAUAUAGAUUUAGAUGAUGACGACGACGAUGAUGAUGCUGAGGACGAUGAUGAUAUCCAAGGGAUUGGCGGUGGAGUGCCACUAAAAGGUCAAAAGCCGGUUCCACGGGGUGAUUUGGAUGAUAGUGACUUCUGA